AUGUGUUGCACGCUUUGUGAAAAGAAUCUACAGUUAAUCAACUAAGCAAAGGUAGAUGCUUGUAUGGAUAAAGCACGUACAGCUAAGAAACAGUAAGUGAACUUAACUCUUCGAUCCUUUAUGCUUUAUUAUUUAACACUCUUUGUUACUUAAUUAAGAAAAGCAUAUAGCAGCUAGCCUAUAAAUCAAAGCCACAACCGCCGCAUUACAUUCCCCAAGCUAUCUAGUACACUAGAAAUGGAGCACUGGGAAACGCUAACGGAUAGGCCGGUGGAGGAGGAUGAGGUAGCGAGAGAGGUUAGCUUAAUUCACAUUGAAGAAUUGAAAGAUCCCUAUGAAUAUGUCAUGACGGAGAACUGGGAAGGCGUGCAGGAUUUCUUCGAGAAGAAUCCGGAACAUCUGCUCUCUAAAAUUACAAUGGACGGAGGCACUGUAUUCCACCUUGCGGCUUCUUGCAGCAGCAAAUCACAACGCAAAAAUCUCAAAAUGGUUAUCGAUAUACUCCGCAGGAAUCCAUCCGACGGUGACGUGAGAAGAGCUCUGACGAAGAAAAAUAAUGCCGGAAACAAUACUCUCCAUGAGGUGAGUAUGACCGGCAACAAGGAAGCGGCAAUGUACUUGGUGAGCAUUGCUGAUAAAGAGAAAUGUGCACUGGAGCUGCUGGAGACUCGGAACUCUUCAGGAGAAACUUCGCUCUUCAAGGCGGCUGCUUACGGUUUCACUGACUUGGUCAAGUUUUAUGUUGGCAAACUGGAGAAUUAUGAUCGGGACAACCUUUGGAAGCACUUCCACAGAAGUGACAAAACGUCCAUUCUUCAUAUCGCAGUCGUUGCGCAACAUUUCGGUCUCUCUCUUUCUCAGAAAAAAUGCACACAAUUAUAUGCAAUGCAGAUUAAUAACUUUUGCUCUUUUGUCUUCCACAAUGCAGAGACCGCUCUUUGGUUAGUGGAGAACAACCCAUAUCUAGGGCCCCUAAAGAACAAUAAAGGAUUGACAAGCCUUCAGUUGCUAGCCCAAAUGCCAACUGCCUUUGAUCCACAUUUUGAAAAAUGCAAAUGGAAGAUGCUAAUUUAUUAUUGCCUUCCUGUUGGAGGAGAUGUGGUCACACCAAAUCAGAAUAUGAAGGAUAAGGAUGAUGUGGAGAGCAAUAGGAAGGAUGAUGUGGAGAGCAAUAUGAAGGAUGAUGUGGAGAGCAAUAGGAAGGAUGAUGUGGAGAGCAAUAGGAAGCAUAAGGAUAAGGAUGAUGUGGAGAGCAAUAUGAAGGAUGAUGUGGAGAGCAAUAGGAAGGAUGAUGUGGAGAGCAAUAUGAAGGAUGAUGUGGAGAGCAAUAGGAAGGAUGAUGUGGAGAGCAAUAGGAAGCAUAGGGAUGAUAUGGAGAAGCAUAAGGAUGAUAUGGAUGAUAUGGAGAAGCAUAAGGAUGAUGUGGAGAGCAAUAGGAAGGAUGAUGUGGAGAGCAGCAUGGAGAGCAACCAGCCGCACCGCCAAUCCAUCUUUCGGAACAAGCUUGCAGGCUUUGUGAAGGUUUACAUUUCACUACGGGACUCCCUUGCUAAAAGUUUGCUUACGUUCUGGCUUUUUUUCGAAAUAGGAGGCCUGAUAUGGGAGGACAAGAAAAAUAAAAAAGCACUAGAUAAACUCAUCCCACUGCUCGCCAAGUGGGACAAAUCUUGGUGUACUAUAGAUGCUGCAGGCGAAGAUAGCACUUCUAUGCUGUCAGAGAAAAAAGGUUAUGAUAACGGAGGCGAAAAAAGAAAGGCGGCCGUAUCGGAUGAGACAAAUGGUGAUGAUGGAGGUGGAAAAGAAAAGGAUGCAGCCAAAUCGGAAAAACUUAAUAAAGAUGGUGAUGACGGAGGAAAAAAAGGACAGGCGGCCGCAUCGGAUAAGACAAAUGGUGAUGAUGGAGGUGGAAAAAAAGAGGAAUUAGCCAAAUCGAAAGAGGAGGCGAGGAAUUCUAGCGCAUUGCUUAUGGCAACUAUCAAUGGAAUUCUACCCAUUGUGAAGGAGAUAGUUGGCCAGCAUCCUCAGGCAAUCGAGCAUGUUAACUAUAACAUACGCAACGUUUUGCAUCUGGCCAUUAAGUACCGUCGGAAAGAGAUCCUUAAUCAUAUCCAAAGCUUACCACAUGUGAUGCCGAAGCUGAGUAAGAGGAUAGACAAAUAUGGAAACACCAUAUUGCACCAGGCUGCAGAUAGGAGUUACUACUCCAUAUCAUUGUCUCAGAAAUUAAUAGGCCCUGCCAUGCAAUUGCAGGAUGAGCAGCACUGGAUGCUGCGUGUACAAGAGAUGAUACCGCCUCAUUACACUCUUCACCACAACAACAAGGAUCAGACAGCGGAGGAGCUGUUCAACCAAGAGCAUGACAAACUUCUGGAGGAAGCACAAAAAUGGGUAAAAGAAACGGCUCAGUCAUGCUCAACCGUGGCGGUGCUAGUGGCCACUGUGGUCUUUGCAGCCGCCUAUGCCAUUCCUGGGGGUUUUAACGACCAAAGCGGCCGUCCUAUUUUCCAGGACAAUCCUCUCUUUUUGCUCUUCACCUGCAUGGACGUUGUGGCCAUUUCCUGCUCACUAUCUUCUGUGGCAUUCUUUCUCUCUGUCCUCUCCUCCCCUCUCGAGUACCCACUUUUCGUUAACAGCAUUCCUCGCAAGGUCAUGGCAGGAUUCAUCUUGCUCUUCUUGUCCAUGGCAACCACCAUGCUCGCCUUUGCUGCCACCAUUUUGCUCGUGAUUCGCGUCAAGAAGAAAUGGACCAUGUCUAUACUUUACCCUAUUGCCUUUUUCCCCGUCCCUCUAUUCGCCUUGCUUCAGUUUCCUAUGUAUCAAUCCUUCAUGGUCAUGCUUAAGACAAUUAAUGCUUGGGUUUUCAAGGUUUUCAAACCGUUAUUGGCCUUUCUCCGCUUUCAUGGCUCUAGGCGGAUCAAAUAACCUAAACUUUUCGUCACAACACAAUAUGUGGUGCACAUUCACAAUCUUGCAAUUUAAGUAUUUAUUUGUUGUUAUCAUUUGAAUAUUUCGGAUUUUUCUUGUUUUCUCCCCUAUUUUCACAAUGUUAUUAUGUCUUCAUUCACAAGUAUGGGUAAUAAGUGAAAAAUAAAGGCUUGUCACAAAUUGUAUGCCAAAGAUUAUCUCUUGCAUGCUUGUAUUGGUUUGUAAUCAUCAUUUGUGUUUAUAUGUCAUCCUUAAGUGUAGUGGUGGAUUGCUUUAGUGGAUUGAAUUUUUUCUUCAA